CGGUUUCUCUUUGUGCAGAUCAGUGCUGACGUCUCAUUCUCUGUCCCUUCAGCUCCUGUGACUCUGGACCCAAACACAGCACAUCCCCUCCUCUCACUGUCUGAGGAUCUGACCAGUGUGAGAGACAGUGGUGAGAGACAGCAGGUUCCUGAUAAUCCAGAGAGAUUUUAUUGGGGGCGGUGUGUGCUGGGCUCUGAGGGAUUCAGCUCAGGGAGACACUGCUGGGAUGUAGAAGUAGGGGGUGAAAUUUUCUGGGUGGUGGGUGUGGCUGAAGAGUCCUUCAGAAGGAAAAGGGUUUGCAAUCUGCGCCCAGCAGGAGAACUGUGGAGUAUAGUGCAGAUCGAUGGGAAAUACAAAGCUCUAUCCUCCCCACGUACAGCCCUCACUGUGCAGGAGAAACUCCAGAGGGUCAGAGUGCAGCUGGACUGGGACAGGGGGGAGGUGUCAUUCUCUGACCCCAGUGACAACACUCCUCUCUACACUUUUAAACACUCCUUCACUGAGAGAGUGUUUCCAUUCUUCUGGCCUGGUUCUCUGCGGAUCUGUCCUCUGAAGGUGUCUGUAAGAGUGGAAUAGUGCUGUGGUUUGUAGGGCAAGGAUCAGGUGAACAGACUGCUUCUUUCACUUUGACAAGAUUAAUGAGUAUAUUUGCAGAUAAUAUCUUUUACAAUAUUU